AUGGCCCUCGUGGGCAACUUUGGCUUCAGCAACAACGACAGGACCGCAGAAAGUACUGGCGUGGGCUCCAUUGGUGGCAACCCGUUCGUCCGGAGGGGCAGCCGUGCGCAGGAUGAUCCGGUUGGAGAGCAGCACGCGCGCGACCACCUAGGACCGCGGCGGGCAUCUGUGCAGUCACACCAGCACGAUGGCUUGACCUCCCAUAACGAGAAGGAGGGUCUCGAAGAGUACGAAUCCUCAGACGCCAAAGCCGAAUCAGAGGAGGACGCGCAGGCCCGAGCAGAUGCGACCAUUACCGAGCUUGCAAAGACCUUGACACGGCAAUCAACUUACACCAAUGUUCCCGACUCUCCUUUCGAUGCAGAACCAGACUCAGCUCUCGAUCCUAAUUCCAACAACUUCCGGCCCAGGUCAUGGGUCAAGAGCAUCAUAAAGCUUACCGAGAAGGAGAACCGGACUCCGGGACGAACUGCUGGUAUUGCCUUCCGCGGGCUCAACGUCCACGGCUACGGCGCCGCUACUGAUUACCAAAAAGAUGUUGCCAACAUCUGGCUCGAGGCUGUGGGCAUGGUGAAGAAGGCUUUUGGACUUGCGAAGCCACGCAGGAUCGACAUCCUUCGAGAUUUCGAGGGUGUUGUGCACAGUGGAGAGAUGCUGGUGGUUCUCGGGCCUCCCGGUUCUGGUUGCUCAACUUUUCUCAAGACGAUUACUGGCGAGACUCAUGGCUUCGUGGUCGAUGAGGGCUCUUACCUGAACUACCAGGGUAUCCCUCCAGAGAAGAUGCACAAAUACUUCCGUGGAGAGGCCAUCUACACCGCUGAGGUCGAUGUCCACUUCCCAAUGAUGACUGUCGCCGACACUCUUUCCUUCGCGGCGCGGGCCAGAGCACCCAAGAACAUCCCCGGCGGUCUCAAAGCACAGGAGUGGGCGGAUCAUCUACGAGAUGUGUUCAUGGCUACCUUCGGUAUCAGCCAUACGAAGAACACCAAGGUUGGAAACGAUUUCGUAAGAGGUGUUUCUGGUGGAGAGAGAAAGCGUGUCACCAUCGCCGAAGCUGCGCUAAGCGGAGCACCUCUCCAAUGCUGGGACAACUCAACUCGAGGUCUCGACAGCGCCAACGCCAUCGAGUUCUGCAAGACUCUCCGAAUCAGUACCGAGCUUAUGGGCGCAGCUGCGUGUGUUGCCAUCUACCAAGCACCACAGGCUGCCUACGACAUCUUCGACAAAGCCCUUGUACUCUACGAAGGCAGGCAGAUCUUCUUCGGAUCAACUACGGAGGCAAAGGAAUACUUCGUGCGUAUGGGCUUCCGUUGUCCCGAGCGAGCAACAACACCGGAUUUCCUCACUUCAAUGACAUCGCCACAAGAGCGGUUCAUUCGGGAAGGCUUCGAGGGCAAGGUGCCUCGCACACCAGACGAAUUUGCUGCAGCAUGGAAGGCCAGUCCGGAGCGAGCGGCUCUCCUGAAGGAGCUGGAUUCAUACGAGCACAAGUUCCCGUUCGAGGGCGAGCAGUACAAUCGUUUUGUCGAGAGCCGGCAAGCUCAACAAGCCAAGCACCAACGCCUGAAGUCGCCAUACACGCUCUCUUACAGCCAGCAGGUCAAACUAUGCCUUUGGCGGGGCCUCUUGCGCCUCAGAUCCGACCCUUCCCUUACGUUUACCCAACUCUUCGGCAAUUUUAUCAUGGCUCUUGUGCUCGGAUCUGUCUUCUACAACAUGCCAGAUACCACAGACACCUUCUUCCAGAGGGGAGCCGUCCUCAUGAACGCUUUCGGAAGUGCCCUCGAAAUCCUGACCCUCUAUGCUCAGCGUCUUAUUGUCGAGAAGCAUGACCGCUACGCCUUGUACCACCCUUCUGCCGAAGCUUUUGCGAGCAUGUUGACCGACAUGCCUUACAAGCUUGCCAACUCUAUCAUCUUCAACAUUACGCUCUACUUCAUGGCCAAUCUACGAAGGACGCCCGGGGCUUUCUUCUUCUUCUGGUUCAUCAGCUUGAUCCUAACGCUGACGAUGAGUAUGCUGUUCCGAACGAUCGCAUCCGUGUCUAGGACUUUGUCGCAAGCCAUGGCUCCAGCUGCAAUCAUUAUCCUGGCCAUCAUUAUCUUUACUGGGUUCGCUAUUCCUACCCGGUAUAUGCUGGGCUGGUGCAGAUGGAUCAACUGGAUCGAUCCGGUGGCAUACGGCUUCGAGUCUCUCAUGGUCAACGAAUUUCACAACAAGAACUACGACUGCAGCCAGUUCAUUCCAACAUACGGCUCUCUCAGCGACAACUCGCAGGUCUGCACUGCCGUGGGUUCCCGGGCCGGACUAAGAUACGUUAAUGGUUCUUUCGACUACUACCACUCGCACAAGUACCGCAACAUCGCCAUCAUCUUCGCCUUCAUGAUCUUCUUGAUGGUGGUGUACGUCGCUGCUACAGAGCUGAUCUCCGCGAAGAAGUCGAAGGGCGAAGUGCUUGUCUUCCGCAAAGGCCACACACCUGCUUCGCUCAAGGAGAAGACGAGCGACGAGGAGACAGUUGACAGCGGGAAUGGAGCUGCGCUGGCCAAGCAAGAAAGCUAUACUUCAGCGACGGACAUCAUCCAGAAGCAGACCGCCAUCUUCAGCUGGAAGAACGUUUGCUACGACAUCAAGAUCAAGAGCGAAGAGCGCCGCAUUCUGGACCACGUUGAUGGAUGGGUCAAGCCUGGCACGCUGACCGCUUUGAUGGGUGUAUCUGGUGCCGGGAAGACGACGCUUCUUGACGUCUUGGCAACUCGAGUCACGAUGGGUGUGAUCACUGGUGACAUCAAAGUGGACGGACGCCAGCGCGACUCCUCGUUCCAACGCAAGACCGGCUACGUUCAGCAACAGGACUUACACUUGCAGACAUCGACCGUCCGCGAAGCUCUCAACUUCAGCGCCCUUCUACGCCAACCAGCCCACGUACCCCGCAAAGAGAAGAUUGACUACGUCGACGAGGUGAUCAAGCUUCUGGAUAUGGAGGAGUACGCUGACGCUGUUGUCGGUAUCCCGGGAGAAGGUCUAAACGUCGAACAGCGCAAGCGUCUGACGAUUGGUGUUGAACUCGCAGCCAAGCCCGAAUUGCUUCUCUUCCUGGACGAGCCGACCUCUGGUCUUGAUUCGCAGACGUCGUGGGCCAUUCUCGACCUGCUCGAAAAGCUGAAGAACUCUGGCCAAGCUAUUGUCACUGUCGUACACCAGCCGUCCGCAGUCCUCUUCCAGAGAUUUGACCGGUUGUUGUUCCUCGCUGCGGGCGGCAAGACUGUGUACUUCGGCGAGAUUGGAGAGAACAGCAACACCAUGACCAAGUACUUCGAGGCGAACGGCGCACACCCAUGUCCGGCUGAAGCCAACCCUGCCGAAUGGAUGUUGGAGGUUAUCGGUGCGGCUCCCGGUAGCUCUACCGACAUCGAUUGGCGUGAAGUCUGGCGCAACAGCCCUGAGUAUCAAGAAGUCCUGAAAGAGUUGGAGCGUAUUGAGACACAACGUCCCAACGAAGUUCCACCCCGUGCCAGCUCGGAUGACAAGGCCUCCUAUCGCGAGUUCGCUGCCCCCUUCGGCGUUCAAUUGCUCGAGGUCACCAAGCGAGUCUUCUCGCAAUACUGGCGAACGCCGUCCUACAUUUACUCCAAGCUGGCCCUCUGCCUGUUCUCCUCGCUCUUCAUCGGCUUCAUCUUCUUCAACGCCCCGCUCACGCAGCAAGGCCUGCAGAACCAGAUGUUCAGUAUCUUUAUGCUUUUCACCAUCUUCGGCCAACUGGUUCAACAGAUCAUGCCGCACUUCGUUACGCAGAGAGCGCUGUACGAAGUUCGGGAGCGGCCUAGCAAGACGUACAGCUGGAAGGCCUUCAUGUUCGCCAACAUCUUCGUGGAGCUGCCGUGGAACAGCUUCAUGGCUGUGAUCAUCUUCUUCUGCUUCUACUACCCGAUCGGACUUUACAAGAACGCUGAGCCGACGGGUGCGGUGCAUCUCCGCGGCGCGCAAUUCUUUUUGUUCGUGUGGCAGUUCUUGCUCUUCACAAGUUCCUUCACAAACUUGAUGAUUGCCGGCAUCGCCGAUGCGGAAACAGGAGGCAACCUGGCCAAUCUGCUCUUCUCCCUCUGCCUCAUCUUCUGCGGUGUCCUCCAAACCGCAAGCGCCUUACCCGGCUUCUGGAUCUUCAUGUACCGUGUCAGCCCCUUCACCUACCUCGUCGAAGGCAUGUUGUCCGUCGGAAUCGCCAACACGAGCGUCCGCUGCGCCGACAACGAGUUCGUCAACUUCUCGCCUCCCAACGGCCAGACCUGUGGGGAGUACAUGGAGCGCUGGACGUCAAUGGCCGGAGGCUACUUGCAGGAUCCGAGCGCGACGGGUCAGUGCUCCUUCUGCACUUACGACGACACCAAUGUCUUCUUGUCGCAGAUUGGAAGCUCGUAUAGCAAUGUCUGGCGGGACUUUGGGAUUCUGUGGGCGUUUAUUAUCUUCAAUAUCUUUGCGGCUGUGGGCAUCUACUGGUUGGCGAGAGUGCCUAAGAAUGCUGGGAAGGAGGAGAAGGCUUCUUCGGGACAGGAGACUUCUGAGAAGACUUCGGAAUAG